AAUCGGAGCCGAAGUAGACCAACUCAGACGAUUUCAAUAAACUCGUUUCUAUCGUCUUCUAUUGGGGUCCAGCGAAAGUACAAAAUUUUUUGGUGAUUUCUCAGUUGGCAAUAUUUUCCAAUCUAUAUCCACACAUGGUUUUCACUCACAGUUUCCGUCUUUCAGCUUCACAAACUUAACAGGACCCAUCAAGGUAAGCCUCUCCCUCUUUCUCACUUCUUCUCUAUAAGGCAGAGAUAUGUACAAUUCUUACAUUAGCUCAGCUGUGUUGACACUUAGAACUAAAGGGUCUCUUUCGUUUUCCUUCAACGACUACUCUAACUUAUUGAGUGAAAGAUUUGACAAGAACCCGUUACCAUCAUCACUAUCGCAAUGUUGUUCACGCUGUAGUUGUUGUUCUUGUUGUGCGUCAUCAUUUGCCACGUAUAGGGUGCCAAUAAGCCCUAGCUUAUUUUAUGGGUUGAGGCAAUCCACUCUUAUUCAAUGGUCGCCUUGUAGAAGGUUGAUCUUGGGUGGCAGGAACCGGUACUAUUACCGAGUCCCUGCUUAUGGACUUGAUGAUGAUUGUUAUGAGGUUUCUUGCUCUUUUAAGAAGAAAAGUGGCGGGGAAAGAAUUGAGAGGAGAAGGAAGGGAAGGGUUGGGCACAUAAAUUUGCGUGAAAGGCGGCGUUUGAGUAGUGUUGAUGAUGCUGAGGCUGUGAUCAGCUUGUUGAGUGAGGAGGUGACUGAGUGUUUAGGUGAGAGACUUCAAGAGGGGAGUUCUUCAAAGAGAGUGGAACUGGAAAAGAGAAGUAAUUAUGGUGGUGAAUGUCAGCCGCAGAGGAGAAAGAAUGGUAGGUUGGGUUUAUUGGAGAGCGAUUCCAAGAGCCAGUUUGAGUUGGAUACCGAUGAGUUGAGGAGGGAAGGGUAUAGAAAGGAGGAGAGUGAAGAGUGUAGAAGGAAGAGAGAUACAGAGGAGUUUAGAAAGAAGGAAGACAGGGAAGAUUUUAGAAGGAAAGAAGAAAGGGAGGGGAAGGAAGAAAGGAAAAUUGUUCCAAGAGUUAAGAAUCGCAGGGAAAGGAAAGCUAUUUCUAGCUUUUCAUCUUAUUACUCGCUAUCUUCCACUGGAGGUAGUGAGAGUGAUAAGGAAACUCAAAAUGAGCAUGUUGGUUCACUGGAAGAAUCAUCAAGUACAUAUAAGAAAGAACUAUGGAGUGAAGAGAAUACAUUUGAGGGGCAAGUGGUGGAAGAGUUUAAAAGGCAUGGAGAAGAUGGGGGGCAAGGAAAAGUUUUGGAGCAGGGAACUGGUACGAGAAGUGCUGGUGCUGUCUGGGAUUUGAGAAAGAAAUCUGAGAAGCAACUUACUGAGAUUGAUGAAAUGCAGUCCAGAGAGGAAUCCUCACAAUUGUACUCAAGAAUGGCAAGGACCAGUGCAAGUGAUCAUGAGAAGGUGUCAAAUUCUCAUAAACAAAUUGAUAAUGAGAAUGAGAAAUUAACUUUGGCAGUCAAUUUGGAGAAAGGAACAAGAAAGCAAUAUAAUCAGACAGGUGACUUGGUCACAGAACAGCCUCAAUUCAGAAGAAAAUACCAGGAAAUUACUCAUAUGGAGGAUAUCCAAGGAAAAAAUGGAAAAUCAACCUCCCAAUACCAAAGGCAGUUCAAUGUUAGAGAAGAAAACCUGACAGCAGAUGCAGAUUUGGUUGGGGAAAGAAUGGGCGAAAAUUGCAGUACAGUUGGUCAAAGUGCUGGAAACAGUAACAUAAGAAGAAAUAACACUGCUAUGUCAGAAAUUGGAAAUGUUGAUACCGAAAGAGUUUCUAAUUUGCAGAGGCAAUAUGAGUCUAGAAUGAAGAUCCACGAAGAAGAUAGCGCUGUGAGGUCGGUAUGGGAGACAAAUGAGAAAUGCCAGCAAACAUUUGAACAGAUAACUGGACAAACUGAGUCAAGAAGAGAUUCACAAUGGCUGUCUGAAAGAUCAGAAAUUCAAGAUAGUACUAGAAAGAUGUCUUUGCAAUCGGAAACUGGAAUGAGGAACCAGGAAGUAAGUAUGGAUGUUGUUUAUCAUUUGGCUGAAGAAGCAAAAGAGCAAAGGUCCCCCACUAAAGGAAAAGCUAUAGGGAGAAUUCAAUCCAGAAAAGAAUCCCAAAAUGUCACUAAUAUAUCUGUGAAUGUCACUAAUGUAUCAUUAGUUCAUGCUAGUGAUAUAGAAAGAGUUAAUGAUUCUCAGAUAACUUCAAAAAACAGAAUAAUUGAUCAAGGAAGUGAAUUGACAUCAGUUUUGAAACCCACUCAGCAAACCAGAGAAAGAGAUGAUCAAACCGAUGAAAGAAUCAGUCAAAUCAAAUCAAGAAACAAAGCCCACAUGACCUCUGAAAUAUCAAGUUUUCAAGAAAAAACUUCACAAGAGGCCUCUAGUUCUCAAGCAUUCCGUAAUAUGGUUUCCCAAUCAAGAAUGCAACAGAUUGAUGUGGAGGGGGACUACAGAAGUUCUCAGGCAAUAAUGAUGCCCCCUUCUCCUCAGGUGGUAGCUCGAGGUUCAUUGUGUGUUGAUCCAACUAGUGGAAUAGCAACCCAAGAAGCUCUCACAGAAACUUCUGAAAGCAGCUUGAGUGCUUUUAAUAACAAUUCAGGAGAGAGAACUCCAACUUCACAGCAGGAGCUAUAUGACAGAGAUAGGAAGGGUGAGAUUUAUGGGGAGCCUUCAAAACUUUUAGGCCCAGAAGAUGCUUUGGGUGCAGCUCAUCGUCAAGAGGAGUCAUCCAUGCAGUUUGUUGGGGAAUUCGUGCAGAGAGCAAGGCAUGAAGUGUUGACCUCUGAAAUCACAAAGCAGAAAGUUUCCAACCAAAAUUUAAUGUAUGAAGGUGAGAAGGACAAAAGAAAGAGUUCAGUUCAAAAUGUUUCAGAAGAAUUACUGUUGAAAGAAAAGGACUCAAGGCGAUCAUCUGUUGGUUCUGGAGUAAAGGGCCCUUCUGAUGAAAUGUGGGAUGUGGCAGACCCAUCUUUUCAGGAACCUUCAGAGACAGAAGACCCAGAGGGCAGCACAGCAACUAAGAAUACUGUUGUUAAGAGGACUGGACGGUCCUUGUGGGGUAUUAUAGCAGAUAUAGUUCGACUGCGCUGGGGUUCACGUGCUGAAACCCCCAAGUCAACUAGAAGAUCAGGUGGAAAGGGUUCUUCAAAUGAUUCGGUUAAUAGUGAGGCAUGGUUUUCUGGUCAUGACCCCGAAGAAAACAGUGAUAAAACUGUGGAAAGGGAAAGAAGCAGCAUGGCGAAAGAAGUUUCCUCUUCUCGUCACCUGCAACUAAUGGAAACUUCUAGUCGAGGCCAGGGAAAAGAGUCUGACAUGAUUGGAUCAAAGAACAAAAUAAGACAACUUGAAGGAGAUACAUCAUCUUCUCCAACUAUAUUAAAAAGUGGGUCCACAACAAAAGGUAUUUCCUCUCCUGAAGAGGAAAACCUUGUUUGGAGACAAGAUGGAAAGAGUUCUCAAGGAACAAGGAGCCAAGAUGGAAAGAAUUCUCAAGUUUUCCCUCCUAGCACAGAAGUUGGGGAAGCAUCAUUUGUACCAUUGCCUUCCAGUGGCAUGAAUACUCUAAUUGUAGAAGAAAGUUAUGGUAGGGCUACAACUGACGCGACUAUUAGUGGCUCAACGGAUCUAAUGGAGCAACCUGCUAGUGCAAAGUUAACUGAAGUGUCAAGCCUUGAUGGGAAUGAUGGAGUGUUGAAACAAAGGAGACUUCAGCGGAACAAGCAAGUCUUAAGGGACAGAUUUGAUGAAUGGGAAGAAGCAUAUAUACGUGAAAGUGAGCAGCGAAAAGUUGAUGAAAUGUUUAUGAGAGAAGCACUGCUAGAAGCCAAGAAGGCUGCUGAUACUUGGGAGGUACCUGUUGGGGCUGUUCUGGUGCAAAAUGGGAAAAUUAUUGCUCGUGGCUAUAAUUUAGUGGAGGAGUUACGGGACUCCACUGCCCAUGCAGAAAUGAUUUGUAUACGAGAGGCUUCAAACCAUCUCCGGAGCUGGAGGCUUGCGGAGGCUACACUUUAUGUAACACUUGAACCAUGCCCUAUGUGUGCUGGAGCAAUACUUCAAGCAAGAAUAGACACGCUUGUGUGGGGAGCUCCCAAUAAGCUUCUUGGAGCCGAUGGAAGCUGGAUCAGACUUUUUCCUGGAGGAGAAAAUGGCUCAGAACGGACAGAUAAGCCAGCUCCUCCAGUCCAUCCUUUCCAUCCAAAAAUGACAAUCCGGCGAGGGAUAAUGGCAUCAGAGUGUGCGGAUGUGAUGCAGCAAUUCUUCCAGCUUAGGAGAAAGAAAAAGGUGAAGAGUGAAGAUUUGCCUCCCCAGCCAUCUCUUCCUAUUGCGAGUCAUCAAUCAAAAAUCCUUAGUAAGAUGCAUGAUAUUUUCCAUGCAUUCUUGUGUUUGUAAGGGAUAGUGGAACCAUCAAUUUCUCUUGAAGUUUACAUGUCUCCGUGAUUGACCAUGUUAUAUUGGAAGUAUUUAAUGAAAUUACGGUUUCCUUGAUAA